UUUUGCUGUUCACAGAUUCGAAAAUAGGUCUGAAUUGUAACUUAAACACACUGGACGACGUACCAGCGGAAAAUGAGUACGACUUGCUGCCUUGUCAGAAAAAAUUUCGAAUAAAGCCCGAAGAUGAGAUCAGUGUGGAUAGUAUUAUUUCCGCUUUGCUUUCGCGUAUCGAACCUUCAGAGAUGACAUUUCGCAAAUACAGAUUCGACGUAGCUUCCAACGAAUUAAUGAACGAAAAGCAAGCAAUUAUCUUUAACGAGAAUUUGUAUAUUUCGAAAUUAAAGAACAGCGCGUGUCGUUUGGAAGAGGAAGUGCGAUUGCUAUUGGAAAAGGAUCUGGAAGAGAUUGGUGAAUUUAACGUGAAUGUAGAAGAGAGUUUCGAUGGAUUCGUAGUAUUUAGCAAAAGCAAAAUGCGAAAAGGUAAAAACAAUAUCGAAUGCGGUCACUGGGUGCGCGGCAAAUAUAAUGAUCAUCUUAGUUUGAUAUGCGAGAAACGUAGUGAAUAUGACUAUGUCGAUAACAGUAGAAUUGUAAGAUAUGAACUAUUUAAUCAAAAUGACUUGAUGUGCAUAUAUAGAAUGGCUUUUCAGGAGAAGUCUUUAGAUGCUCGUAUAGUCGACGGAAAAUUGAUAGCGAAACGUGAUGUAUCCAUUAACAAAGACACUCAAAGAUUCAAGGCUGUUAUAAAUAUGAAAGGUCGUGAUGACGUUCUGGUGUUGGAUGGUGGUAUACUAUUAUUGACGCGCUAUUUAGUUGUCAAUAAUUUCAUAGGAGAUUUUUUUUACUUCUCUAUGAAUCUAUUUGGGAAAAUUUUGCAUUGUAAAAUGACGAUAAAUGCUACGCGUAAACGCAUUAAAGUCUUCCAUCGCACCUUCCAGAACGCCAUACAUGUAAUUAACGUUCAAUAUUUUAAUAAUUAUCCCAGCGAAGUGUGUGAAUCGUACUAUACUCCCAACGGGAAGUUGAUUUUACAUUUUUGGCACGACUUCCAGUACAUAAUACAUGAAACCAAAGGUUUCAUAAAGCCUGUUGAACGCAUCGUGCCUAAGUUAGAGCUUAUGUGGCGCAGUCACCAUUUGUUGCUUGAUAGAUAUCGCUCUCGGAAGCAGCUCACUUAUGAGACGGCAAUGGCGUAUUUCAAAGAGCAUCCAGAGCUAACUGACUUCCUGCACGACUAUCUACUGAAUGUAAUCAAAUUUAAACCUCUGAAUGUGUUAGAUUUCUCUGUAAGAUUCUUUCAGAAGUUUAAAAAAGUUCCAGCCACUCAAGUAUUUUGAAAUAGGACAAGAAUAA